AUGUCCUCGUCUUCCGGCAGCAGUCGCGAUACUUCCCCGGACCCAAUUGUUCUCCCUUCAUCGCCGCUCGGCAACAACCGAUCCGCGCGCAAAUCCACCCCGCGUCGUACAAGUAGGAAAUUCAAUCGCAACUCUCCCAGCAAAUCGCUGGUCUUGGACACUCCAAAUGGAGCGGGAGGAGAGAGUCCAUGGAGAAUCCGGGUGACGGUCGAAGCUGAGCCGCGAGAAGGAAGUCCUGGGAAGAAGCGAAGAUCAGCCAGUCCUACCAAAAAGACAACAACGAUGCGAACACUGGCCCUCAAGCAGGAGAGCCCGGCAAAGGGAGAUACAAGUGGGAAUACCAGGAAGAGGAAAGGAACUCCGAUUCGCAGAGGGAGGAGUACACGCCRUCAACCUCCAGCUGUUGCUGUAGCUGCCCCUGUGAUGGAACCUACGCCAACGGUGGAAAACGACCAAGACGGUGAUGUUGUCCUCCAGGAUAUGCCACCACCGCCACGGCCCUCGGCAGGGAGGAGAACUUCUGGUCGCAUUGGUCGUCUCAAUUCCCAAUCUGCACCGACCCUCCGUUCCCAACGCCUUAGUCUGGCGCGAGAGGAAUUGGAUAUUGCGCUGCAGGAUGCCGUGGGCUAUGGAGAGGAACACACGACGAGGCUGUUGCCAGAGGUCGAUUUCACCAAAUCUAUGAGAAUGCUGGGUGAUGCCACUCUGAGCAGGAAUGAGGAUUUUAGCAUGAUAUCUGUGGAAACUUUGCAGACGGCAAAGGAUUCCAGUAUGGUGUCGGCGUUGGGGAAUAGUACGGGUAGUACGGGUUACAUGGCGAGCAGUCCGCCGAAGAGGGACAAUUUGAGGAGGAGUGUGUUGGGUAAUCCUGUACAGUUUGGGAGGAACAGUACCGUUGGGAAACAUUCAGCGCUGGUGAACAGCAUCGCUGGGAGGAGCAGUGCUCUUGGUAACUCGUUGGAGUCUGGGAGGAGGAGUGUGUUGGGUACACCUACAGAAGGUGGGAGCUCAUCAAGACGAGACGGUGCCGAUGUCAUGAACUGGAGACCUACUGGACCUCCUGUCGUGGCCCGAGAUCUGACUCCCAGCAGUCAACUGAAGCCUGAUGCACAUGCACGGCACUCUACUGAAUCACAGCCAAACCACACCCCAAACUCUGCCGGAAUGGAUGGCGCAAAUGACGAGGACAUAUCCCAAGGCGUCGACCUGGAUAUCUGGCAAGACGAAGCUUCUAGAUCAUUGGAAGACCAGCCCCGCGAUGAGCGGGAUCAGCAGGCGAAUUAUUAUCAUCAGAAUGAAGGCGAUGAGCUAGAGGCAGAAGAGCAGCUCCAGUCAGAUGCUGCAGCUCAAGCGGCUUCUCGUUCUCCAGGCAUGGAAGACCUCUUCGCAGAUCAACCUUUGAGACCUGCAAGAGGCAAAAUACCCAAAACAUGGAGACGAAGUUCGGGUAUGGACUUUUCUUAUGUGGACUCGCCCGCUCAAGGACUCAUUGACGGAGAUGCGCGGCGUGCAGAUGAUGAGCGAAGACAUUCUACGGAUGGAAGUGGGGUGUUGACACCGCCUAGUACCAGCGAUGAUGAGCAGGAAGAACAGGAGGAAGCAGGCGAUGUUGUUGACGAAGAGAUGGAAUACGACGACGAAGUGAACGACGGAUCAGGCGCAGAACAGUCCAAUAGCGAUGACCACGACGCCGAUGUUCAAGAAGACCCUCAAAGUGAAUGGAACCAACCCGAUGCAGAAGCGACGAGAUAUGAAGGUCACCAUGAUGAUGAAGAAGUGAACCUCGCAAAGACUAGAAACGACAGCGUCUCUCCCCUCUCUGAUGGCAAUACCGAUGAUGAAGAUACGGGCAGCUUCUUUCAGUCUAAUAUGCCGCAAGUGUACGCCCGACAGAAUCGACCUCGGAGACCACCACCCCGGCCCAGGAGGGAAGAAGGGACGGUAGACUUGACCGACUUACUAGGGUUAAAGAGUAGUCCCGUCAAAGCUGCUCCACCAAGAGCAAGUCCGGGUGAUGCUGCCGCAGCAUCAAGCUUCGACACACGUCAAGCCCGCAUUCAUGGGCGACCUUAUGACGGCAAGAUGAAACUCGAGUCGUCGCCCCAGGAAAGCAGUGGAGGCAGACCAAAACUAAUGGAUAGCCCUCUGCGGAAGAGUCUGCUAAAGAGCAGUAAGAUUCAUGGCGGCAGUCCCGAACAUAAGCGACAGGUGCAAAGUCACCACGUCCAAGCUGCUCCGCCAGGAAUGAAGAGUUUCAUCGUUCCCGCCCAGAGGCAACAGGCACAUCGGAAGCAACAGGCUCCAGAGUACCCAAAUCUUGAGAAGAACUCCAAUUCGAUGAUGCUUAGCCCUGCCGUUCUCGAUCGUGCACAGACUCGUUUCCCUAACUCGCAAUCUAGAGUGGAAGUCGAGCUGGACAGUUUCGCCAGCAAGGCGAGCGAUCAGAGACAGCUUCUGACGGAGAUGACGCCAAGGAUUGGGACUGGAGUCAAUGAUCAACAAACCGGACAAAGCUACGAAGAAGAGAGUGAAGGCCCCUCCUCUCCUGCACCAAUAGUGCGCAGCUAUGAAGAGAACCUCAACGUUGAUUCACCGCAAAAGAUUCCAGUACAUUUCGGGGAUAGCUCGAGUCUUUUGCCUCCUACGAAAUUGUACCUGAGUCAAGCUGGAAGGAAGUCCGUGAGUGGGAAUCAGUACAGACCCGAAAGACAGCCGCCUCAGCAGCCGCAGGAGAAGCUUCAAGCCCAGAGAGAACCACUCGCCCCGAAACCAAUUGCGCUUGUUGAUAGGCGAGUUCCUGACGCCGGGAAGGGAGUUGGAGGUUUGCUGAGCCGAUUGAGCGAGACGUUUUGGAGCGCUGUUGUAAGACCUACUGGGCCAACAGAAAUCAUGCCUGAUUCUCAGCAGCAGCAGGAUAAGCAGCAGCAGCAGCAGCAGAAGCAACACCAGGAGACUCAUUUAAUCACGGACUUGACCGCCGAAGAAGAAGAGUUCUCCGACGAAGGCAUGGGAAUGUUCAACACCACUCUCCGCACCGCGAUCCGGAAUCGCUAUGGUGUCCUCCCCGCAACCUUUCCCUGGACAAUGGCUCACAUGCGUACCUUGCACCGCAUGCUCAAUUCCCUCAUCUCCGAACGACCUGACAGUUUAAUUCCCAACGCCGGCCCACUUCCUGAUUUCCUCUCCGAGAUUGCAGACACGGAGCAAGAGAGCGUCAUCRGCAAGAUGUUCUUUUUCACUCGCGAGCAUGCUUAUGUCGUCUUCUCAUUCUUACAGAUCUUAGUUGAGGAGGACCUCGUGAAAGCUAUGGAAAAUGGAGAAGUUCAGCCGCUAGGGGACGCAUUGAGCAGGAGUUUCCGAGGGGUUGUGGAGGGGGAUACUAGUGGGAGGAAGGGCUGGGAGAGGGUUUUCGUUAGGAGGGAAGGGGUUGGGAGGUGGAGAGAGGAAGGGGCGAUUGGGUGGGAGUUUGUUGUGGGAGCGUUGGGAUGUGCUGUUAGAUGUAAUGAGGUUGAGGGGAGGGGGAGGACGACUGUGCGAGAUGAGUGA